GGGACAGCGAUUUGAGCUUCCGUGGGACGCUUCUUGGUGGAUACGAACCAUCGGCCGAAUGGCUCUUGGCUCCGUGGACACUGACGCGUUGCAUUACCGUCGUCAUCGUGGUGCAAUCGGUUGUCGGGGAUGGGUCCUAUGCGAGGCAGCACCGAACGGCGACGGAAGGGAUGGAGGAAAACGCGAUCGAAACUGAUCGUCUGCACGUGGAUCGCCCUGCUGCUCUACAUUAAUUUUCUACUGGAUUCUUUGUACUUGUCCCCGGGUUUGGACGAUCCCGACCAUAACGGAAUGCCCCUGGCCGUCCAACACAAACAACAACAGCAGCAGCAGCGGCCAAAACCCCGCGGCCCGGUGGCGGCGGUGGUCCCGUCUUCGGUUGGUUUUGUGCACAUCGGAAAGACCGCGGGGUCCACCCUGUCGAAGCUCCUCCGGAACGGGUGCCAUUCGUUCGUCCCGAAGCCGUGCCGGGUGGUCCCCAACGAAACGGUGGUCUCGGAGCUCGUGGAGAGCUACUACCACGUCCCCGACUUUUGGAGGCUCCCGGCCUCCCGCCACGGGAGCUACGUCCUCUCGGUCCGGGACGCCUAUGAGCGGACCGUCUCGGCGCUCCUGUACAACCACCCGGAAAACGUGGCACACUACCUGUCGGUGCACAACCUAUCGGAGUCCGUCAAGGAGGUCCAGUCCCGUUCCACGGCGUACCGGUGCUUUCCCACCCUCGACGCCUUUGCGAUGCUCCUGGAGCGGGGCAACACGACCGACUGCGACUAUCCGCGGGAUCACUCGGUCGUGGACGCUGGGAAUUGCUCCGAGCUGGCCUGCGCCGUAAGUUGCCCCCGGUUUGGAAUCUUCGAAAAAGGAAUCAAACAGACCGCUAACGCGGAUCGAUCGAUCGAUCGAUCUCCUUCGUUGGGUCCCGCAUCUCACCCCCGCUCGUGCUCUGUGUUUUCCCGGCUGGCUCCCACCAAACCCCGGUGGUGUUCGGACACGCGUCCGUCCCCCAGGCGAUCCACCACAGGGUGAGGUUUUACCGGCACCUGUUUUUCGAUUACCGGAACAUCUAUUCCAAGCUCCCGAAGGACCCCCCCCGUAAGUGGUACGCGAUCCGGCAGGAGUCCCUGUGGCACGAUUGGUCAGGGGUCAACGCUGCCUUCGGAAGGCCGGUUGCCACGGACCAGGGGGGUCCGGGCGGCCAGCUCACGGACGAGCGGGGUACGGGGGGGAUGGACCUCCCGGUCACCCGGGACAUUAGUGGGGAGGGGCGGAGAAAGCUCUGCCUGGCCCUCGAAGGGGAAUACGCGGCUUACUUUCGGAUCCUAAAGGCCGCGGAGAACCUCGGUCCGGGGGACMGUGAGGAAUCCAGGAGAAUCGCCGUCCGCAACUGUCCCGGCGUGGAGUCCCUCCGUACCUUUUCGUUCGAAUAGGGCGCCGCCUCGCACCCGACGCGGGCAUGCACGCGUUCGAUACGACUACUCU